CGCGGCUCCGCGGGGCCGGGCCGCGCCGCGCGGGGCUGGCGGCGAGAGCGCGGUGCCGCCGGCGGCCGAGGAGCGACGGCGAGCGGCGGCGGCGGCAGCGGCAGCGGCAGGGGCUGCGCACCAGGGCCCGCGGCGGGGGCGCGCCCGGCCCCCGGCAUGGCCCGGUAGUAGGCAGGGAGCGCCGCCCGCCCGCCCGCCCGCCGCGCCCGGCGGCAGCCCCCGCCGCGCCCCGUCCGUCCUAUGUGACCCGCCCAGGCGCCAAGAUGAAAGACGAUUUUGCAGAGGAGGAAGAGGUGCAGUCCUUUGGCUACAAGAGGUUUGGUAUUCAGGAGGGGACUCAAUGUACCAAAUGUAAAAAUAACUGGGCACUGAAGUUUUCCAUCAUCUUAUUAUAUAUUUUAUGUGCCCUGUUAACAAUCACAGUAGCCAUUCUGGGAUACAAAGUUGUAGAAAAAAUGGACAACGUGACAGGUGGUCUGGAAACAUCCCACAGAAGAUAUACAGAAAAGCUUACAGAGGUGGAGAGUGAUCUGAAGAAACUAGAUGACCAAGCUGGACAAAAAGCCAUGAAUACUAACACUGAACUCUCCAGCUUCAGAUCUGACAUUCUAGCUCUUCGUCAGCAGCUUCAUGACAUUGCAGAGAAAACUACCAGAAACAAAGAUACACUGGAGAAGCUGCAAGAGUCUGAAAAUGUAUUAGAUGAUAGACAGAGCCAAAUGAGAAGUGCCUUAGAUAGUAACUCUUUCAUGAUCAUCAGUGUCAAUAAGACUCUUCAAGCAUAUACUGGCUAUAUCAACAAUCUUCAACAAGACACAACUAAUAUCCAAACAAACUUGCAAAACCAAGUGCAUUCUCAUAAUGUGGUCAUCAUGAACCUGAACAACUUAAACCUGACACAAAUACAGCAAAGAAAUCUUAUCAGUGUCCUGCAGAAGUCAAUGGAAGAUACAAGCUUGGCUAUUCUAAGAAUCAAGAAUGACUUUCAAAAUCUGCAGCAGGUUGUCCUUCAAGCCCGGAAGGACACUGACUGGCUUAAGGAGAAAGUACAAAAUUUACAGACUUUGGCCGCCAACAACUCAGCAUUGGCAAAAGCUAACAAUGAUACACUUGAAGACAUGAACAAUCAGCUCAGCUCCUUCAGUGGACAAGUGGAAAACAUCACCACAAUUGCCCAAGCCAACGAACAAAAUCUGAAGGAUCUCCAGGAACAGCAUAAAGAAUAUGAAAACAGAACUUCUGCCAAAUUCAACCAGCUAGAAGAGAGGUUCCAGGUCUUCGAAACUGAUAUAGUCAAUAUCAUUAGCAACAUCAGCUACACUGCUCAUCAUCUACGGACACUGACUAGCAAUCUCAAUGAGGUCAGGACAACUUGUACAGACACCUUAAGUAAACAUUCGGAUGAGCUUAUUUUUAUGAACAGCACACUAGCCAAUGUUCGCUUAGACUCUGCAUCUCUCAAGAUGCAACAGGAUUUGAUGAGGUCAAGGUUAGACGUUGAAGUUGCUAAUUUGUCGGUAAUCAUGGAAGAAAUGAAGCUGGUAGAUUCCAAACAUGGCCAGCUCAUCAAGAACUUCACUAUCCUACAAGGCCCUCCUGGUCCAAGGGGACCUAAAGGUGACAGAGGCCCUCAAGGCCCUCUUGGCCCUGCUGGCCUAAAAGGACAAAAAGGAGAGAAAGGGGAGCCCGGACCACCAGGACCUGCAGGUGAGAAGGGCCCACCUGGGCCAGCUGGGCCACCAGGAGAAAAAGGAGGGAAAGGUUCAAGAGGAUCGCCUGGCUCCAAAGGUCAGAGAGGUUCUCCUGGCAAGACGGGUCUGCCUGGACCAAGUGGAGACCCAGGGCCACCAGGUCCACAAGGCAAAGAUGGUCCACCUGGGCUACAAGGCCCACCAGGAUUUCAAGGCCUGCAAGGAACUGUGGGAGAGCCAGGGGUACCAGGACCUCGAGGACUACCUGGGCUACCCGGAGUCCCUGGGCUGCCUGGCCCAAAGGGCCCACCUGGCCCACCAGGGCCUCCAGGGCCGGGGAUGCCGAUGGCACUACAAAGUGAACCUACGUCGGUGCCGGAGGCUAAUGGUUGUUCUCCUCAUUGGAAGAACUAUACAGAAAAGUGCUACUACUUUUCAAUUGAAAGAGAAAUUUUUGAAGAGGCAAAGUUAUUCUGUGAAGAGAAGGCAUCACGCUUGGUCAUCAUAAACAACAAAGAGGAGCAGCAAUGGAUAAAAAGACAGAUUUUGGGGAAAGGCAGCUUCUGGAUUGGACUAACGGAUUCAGAGAAGGAAAAUGAAUGGAGAUGGCUGGAUGGAUCCUUACCAGUUUACACAAACUGGAAAACCGGGCAACCUGAUAACUGGAGUCAUGGGCAUGGGCCAGGGGAAGAUUGCGCUGGGCUGAUCUAUGCUGGGCUCUGGAAUGACUUCUACUGUGAAGAUGUUAACAAUUUCAUUUGUGAAAAAGACAUGGACAAAGGGCAAAUAUUUGGAGUGUAAUAGGCUGUGACUUUACAGAUACCUACAUAUUAUGGAAAUUUACUUAAAGAAGAAGAAAAUCCUGGGAGAGAGCAACAUUGCCUACCAAAAUUGAAAAAAACAAACAAACAACAACAACAAAAAAACAACCAACAGAAGCAAGCGCUGAAAACUGGUUUAAAUGCAUAAAGUAAUUCAGCAGCAACUCCUCUCCAGCAUCAUGCAAUUAUUCAAGGCCUUUCAACUCACAGCAUCAGGAAAUACCGUUGGACUAAAUCUGUUACAAAAUUUUCUUUCCAACCGUAACCACAUACAUAAGCAACUUGUGUCUUCUGAGAAAAGACAUUCUGUCAAUCUGAGUAAGACUGUUGGUCACCCAUAUAGAAAAACAUAUAAAGUAACUGUGUAAACAGUAUGUUUCAUCUGUUAAAAUCCCAAAUGUAGGAAAAUUAUACAGAUACACGAAUAUAUAGAUUUAUAUAAAUAUAUAUAUAUAGUCCAACUCUUAUCAAUAAUAUGGAAUAUACUUUUAAGAGCUUUUAAAACUUUGUAUUUUUGUACAAAAUAUUUGCUUUUUACAAUUGUUCUCUUUUUUACUGACUUUUUUUACAAAUAUAGUGCACAGGGGCCAAAGAAAACAAUAAAGGUACUAAUAAUUCAUUAAGGUUUGCUGUCAGGCCUAGCUCAGCUAUAGAGAAAUAUUUUCCCAGUUAGAAAUGUUUGUACUUUCCCAGAUGGUUUUUCUGGUAAAUAACUUUUUAAGCAGAUUUUAGAUAGUGUUUGCCUUAUUAUAUGCAGUCUGGUCUGCAUGUAUAACAAUUGACUAAGGACUAGAUACUCAGAGCUCUGAUCACAGCCAGUGUUCCAUCAAGGUACUAUGCAAAGACCAUGUUAAUAAAAACUUUCCCUUCCUUCCUUCCUUCCUUCCUUCCUUCCUUCCUUCCUUCCUUCUUUGCUGCCUGCCUGCUUUUUCCACCUGCCUGCCUUCUUUCCUGUCUGCCUGCCAUCCUGCCUGCCUUCGUGCCUGCCUUCUGCUCAUGAGAAAACGCCACAGAAGUAAAUCACCAGCUUUUAAGAAUGACUUUGAAAUGUUUCCAUUCUUCCUUCUCACAGGGAAUUCUACCCCAGUAGGUGCUAGCCAUAUUGCAAGUCAAGCCCAGAUGAAAUAUUUUAUGAAAACUGAAACAAAGGAGCUGCACACACUAAAAUGUUUCUUUUUAAGACAUUUCAAAAUUUGGUGAGAAAAAAUAGGCCAUACUUGGAAAUGUCUAAUCAAUUUGCAUUCUCCAAAGUGCUUUGUAAAUUGGCAUCUCUGUUUUCUUGGACCAGUACUUCUCUCCCAAACAUACUAGAAAAUAAAAUGUGCUGCAAAACAGAAGGCAGUGUGGCUAAUGAGAUGAUAUCAUCAUCCAGCCAGUUUCCUCCAUGGUCCCAUGAGCCGUUGUCUAGGCAGCAGUGCUGCUUAUCAGGAAUUUAAAAAAUUAGCAACCAGUUAAAGUUCAUUAGCAGAAACCCUUGUUUCAGUUCCCAGGUUUUGUGCUCUGCAUGGCCACAUGCUAUACCACAAAGGAAGUUGUUUUGCCUUCUUGGGAAGGAGAGUUGUUUUUCCAUUGCCUUCUGACCUGCCGUUUACCUUGGCCGAUGCAGAUAAGUUUGCUGAAAUACUCCAGCUCUGUUGGAAAGAGACAAGAUUUUGUACUUCAGAUGUUCAAGUAUUGCUUCUAAUACCAACUAAUAAAAGACUGCUGCUUUCCUAUAUCCUACAUUCCCUCCAGUGUUCAUUCAGGGGGGAUGGCUUUUUGAUUUAAACUAAUUUUCUUACUGAAAAUGUGCAAAAUGAUGCAUUUGGGAAUCUUUCCUGUGGAGCAUAUUAGAUAUGAGACAGGAAAAACAUGAAAAUUGCAUGUUUGAUUAAAAUUGAAAGGUUUGUGUAUUGCAGCUGCAGAAACUACAUGUUGAAGGCAGGGCUUUUCUUCAGUCUGGAUUUCCUGACACUUUUCUUUUGGCUUUUUCAUCAGGUUUUGAAUACAAUAUGAUUCUGCCAUACACGCUGUCAUGCUGUACCUAGAAGUUGUGUGUAGAUACAUGCUGUAGUGUUUACAUAUAUAUUUGCACAGUGCCCGUGGAGAUAAUGUUAAACUGCUAUUUCUGGAUAACGGGGUGCAAAACUGUUACUUUGUACACCCAGAGACCCUCACAAAUCCUGGUGAGUGGAGCUUCACAGAGCCACACUGAAUUAGAAACACUGUUUUGAAUGUUUGCUUAUUUAGGUGAAAUAAGCCCAUUCUGAGCAUCUGCCACGUUAAAUGAUGUUCUUCCUGCUUUUUACUGAUGUGAUAGACUUCUGUUGACAAAAGAAGUUAAUGAGAAACCUCUGUGUAAGCCCUUAGCUGUACUGCUUCCUUACCCCAAUUUCAUCCUCCUCUUACUUCAGCAGUAGCAGUGGUGGUACGUAUCAAGAUGAGAUGAUCCAAAGUCAUCUAGUGUCCUCCAGUCGCUCUAAAGAGAUUUUCUGCACAGUGGUGAUCAAGAGCUAUAGCUGUGCUUACACCUGCACAAGGUUACAGAAAUGGCUGUUUAGCAGGGGUAGCUGCUUAGUUCGUUGAAAACUAGCACAGCAGCUAUGCUAAACUACAAGCAGUCGGAUGGCCUUAGCAUGGAAAUAACUACUGAACUAGCACAGUUUACGGACGCACCAUGUUUAUGGAUUAAAUACUCAUUUCAAAGAGAAUUUCUGUACUAGAUUGUAAUUAUCUAUAAUAAUACUCUAAUUGUCCACCUUUAACAGAGAAACAAAAUGUGCCUGGGCUCAAACUCUGUUCACAUUUGAAGCAAAGCAUGUCGCAUUAGGCAAAGCUAGCUGGAGAAGGAUGCUGCAGUUGUGUUCCUGGCGUGUCCAGUCAUCCUUAAAAUCUGGCCUGGCUGGGCUGAGAUAGACCUUCCUUGUGACCCAGUAUUCCCGCAGGAGGGAAACGGAGGUUUCAAAUGGCAACAAAGACAGACAUCGCUGGAAGGACCAGAGGAGUGUUACAGAGCUCAGGAGCGUGUCACAGAAAGGAGAGAUUGGCAGGGGUGCAAGCAGGACACCAGGAAGGGCCAAGAAACUGUCAUGAAAGUCAGAGUUGCCACACAGGGUCUGGAAAACAUCCCCUUUAAAUCUGCUUUCUGUAUAGUUUGAGCGAUAAUGCAGGUUGUAUGGAAAGCUUUAAGCGAUAGGAAAUUAUUUUGUCCCAGCUCGAGUUUUGGCUUUCCUUCUUAUGCACAAAUACUGUAACUUGGCAUACUGCGUGCACAUUUCCAUUGUCCUUUUUCUUGCUUCCCAUCAAACUAAAUGCAAAUUCUUAUACCCUGGCAAGCACUGGGACUGUGGCAAGAAGGGGAGGGGAAGGCAGAGAGGGUGCAAAGGCAUUGUGAUUUACAUCCAGUGCUGGAUUUCUUAAUGGCAUUUCUGACUUGUUUCAUUAAUUUAUUUGGAAACACCUUCAGCUGAUUAGAGCUUAUAAAUCUCAAACUCUCAUCCCUUUUGAUGUCUAUAAAUAAUACCUGCAAAUGUUCCAAUAAAGGAAGCACUACGUGGA